AAUGUAUAGCUAUAUUGGUAUUUCAAAACCAGAAGAUACUUCGAUGGACGAACAGCUGCACAUCAAAGAUGUUAUUACAACAGAAAUUGAGACACGUCAACGAAAUCUAUCAGAAGUUAAAGAAAUUAUCAGAAACAAUAUUGAGAAAUAUAGAAAUGAGUUGAGUUCAAUUCAGGACAAUGAUACCGAUGAUUCAAGAAAGGAUGAUGAUGAUGAUAUUACAGCAUCAAAGACGAACGAAUUCGGCAUCUUUUCGAUCCUUUUGAACUUCUUACAUUUUAUCCCGCAGUUUUGCUACAAUCUUAUUACACCGUUUUAUAAACGACUUUACAACAAAGAUUCAGAACAGCAUGAGAAGCAAAAUACCAGAAUAUCACUGAGUACUAUUGACCAUUUGUACAUUGAUCGAAAAUAUGUUAAACACUGUUUGCGAUUAUGGCUUCGAGAGGUGGAAGACUUUACAAAUAAUUGCAGUAUUGACAUUAUUUCAGAUAUCCUUAGUUCACUGGAUACUGUUCAUGAUUUAGUUCAAAUACCUACACCAUUAAACCAACUGAUGUAUUACAAACUUUUGAUGGAAAAUUGCGGAAUCAUUGGUAAAGAUAAUGAGAAGAUAUUUGUCAAAAAGUUCAAAGCAAAAUUGUUACAACAAAUAAUUUUGGGUGACAAUUCCAUUAGAAAUGAACUCGAUUUCAUAACAGCUUUUAAUGAUUUCUUGUGCACUUUCAAAAAUAUUCAGCCAAUUACUGAGGAGCUUAAGAUGAUCGAUUUUAUCAGUGAUUAUCUACCGUUCAAUAAAUUUCUUGAUGGAAUUACAAAUUUAAAGGCUGAUCCGAAUCGCCAAGAGCUUUUGAACUUGCAAGAAGUAGCAGGUUGCCUAGAAGCGAAAAAAGAUUUUGCCCUGACUAAGAAAUUCAAGGAAGUGGUUAGCGCUUAUAUGAAACCAAUAGAAAUACGAAGACAAAAACUAGACGGUCGAUUAGUGAUCGAGGUCAUAGGUAAACGUAUUGUUCUCAGUCAAAUUUUAACCCCGUUAGAAAGAGAGCUUUUAAGAAAUAAUUCUAUAGAAGAAGUACGCAUUGUUGGAGCUGAUAUCUUAUACAUUGAUGCUGACCUUAAAAAAAAGAUUUGGCAUGGAAAAAAUUUAAUCAUUUUGGUGAAAUCAAUAAAAAUUGAUAGUAACAUUACUUGGGAUAUUUCCGGACAAGAUAACGAUCAUAUUUAUAACCAAAAUGCUGGGACUGGAAAUGAUGGUCAUGGUAAACGCGGAGCAGAUGGUUUUGCUGGGGAAAGUGGUGGUAAUGUAUUAUUACAAGCGGAUGAUAUAAAUAAUCCAGAUAAGUUAGUUAUUAAUUCCCAUGGUGGAAAAGGUAGUAGAGGCCAAAACGGUGGAGAUGGAACUGACGGUAAAGAUGGAAAAGGUAUUGAACGCACGGAUUUUGACACAACGUUUCCCUCCGUUGUCAAAUUUUGUGCACCUGAACCGAUGUUGAAGAAUUUACUAUUGACAACUGUUUCUGCUAUCGAGGAUCGUACACAACGUAUACAAAAAACUUCUUGCCAUUCUGUCAGAAUCAGCCAGGAUUGGUUCAUGCGUGAAGUAACAAACGAAGGAAACGAAAUCAUUUUUUCCUAUUGUGGUCCUAAUUUGGUAACGAAUAAUCAAGCUUUUUUGCUUUACAGAGGAUCACCAGGACAGCCAGGAAAACAAGGUGGAGAAUACGGAUUAGGCGGUCAGGGAGGAUAUGGUGGUGAAAUUAUGAUAAAUAAUUUGAGUAUUGCUUUUAAUGCUAGACAAGGAAAAGAUGGAGAAAAUGGAAAAGGUGGCUGCUGUGGUGAAUACGGAAAAAAUGGCUGGGAUAUGGGCUACACUGAUUAUCAAAUGUGGCCCGAAGCUAAAUUUUAUGGUAGAGAUUACAAAAGCAAACUUGAUAUUGAGUACUUCACUAAUCCUAAUCAUCCUGAUGCUGUAUGGUGUCCCGAUGUACGAAAAUGGGCUGUGAUACGUACUUCUAACAUUCCACACAGAAGAUUAAUGGCACAUGAAGUGCGGAACAAUAUUAGACAAAAUUAUGAACGUCAGCAUCAAGCAAAUCCUACUAGGAAGAAAACCAUUUCACAGAGUAAAAUUUCAGCCGACUACUCUCAUCAUUUCAGCUCUGUAGAAGCUAAUAUUUCGUCAAAUUUGCAGUCCAAUUUCAACAACAUUAAUCAGAUUGCUUUACAAGCAAUGGCGAACAAUAUCGAGCAGCAAGAGGAGGUAACAUCAGAUGUAAGAGUGCAACGCCAUAUUAAAUUCAGUGAUCAGAAUAUCAGUAGCCGUUGUAAAAACAUUGUGCCUGUAAGUACAUCUAGCGUCGACUUGGAAUGUAGCAAUGAGUUGGAUGUUCAAAGUCUGAUUGAUCAAUGGAAAAAUCACUCAUUAUCAGAAAAUUGGCAUAAAUUGAAAUGUGUGGAAAUAAAUAAAUUGCAGCUUGGUGAACUAAUUUCCGCAUUUGAGAUCAUUAAAUGCAAAUUUUUUGACAACCAGGAAUCUCAAAGUAGCCAAGAAUAUAACGAACUACUAGAUAUAGAGAAGCUUCUCAACUCAAAGUAUCGAUUUUCUAUACUUCAAGAAGUUGCGACAAAACUACCUUUCCAUGAAAAUAUUAAUUAUCAGCCGAAAUUAACACCGGAAAGAGCAGCACUACAUCUGGUUGUAGGCCGAGACAAUCAAAACGAUAUUUCUCAUGAAUUUUUAGGUUGUCUCAACCAAUAUAUUUACGCGGACGGGAAGAAAAAGCGAACAAAAGUUUUUCAAUUCUGUAAAAGAAAAUUAAAUACUAUAAAUUAUGAAGCCUUGUGGCCCUCUGUUAGAGCAUUUGUUAUCGAAGCUGGAAAAUCAGAACAAAUAGAUUCACAUCUUGGCGAAUACUAUAAUGAAUAUGUAAGGUUCUUAGGAAAACAGGAACAAAGAUUAAAUAUAUUCUUCGAUUUAUUUGAAAGUGAACUGAAACGGCACAGUGACAUACAUUCUCUAUGGAUCGAUGCUAAAAAUAAUCCAUUUUUGAAGGACGAACUAUGAAUAGAGAUGAGCAAACACAAUUUUUUAAAUGCCCUUUACGAUCGAUUCAUUAAACAGCCUAAGCAAAUGUAUAAUUGGAAGAAAUGCUGCCAAAAUCAAAACGUGUUGAAUAAAUGGAGUGAACACAUUUGUGCAAAGGGUCCACUAUCAGAUAGCUAUAGAGAGUUAUUAGCUCAUGUUUUUAAUGUGAACAUCCGAUUAUACAUUGAAGAUGAAGAUAACAAACUGCAUUUAUUUGACAAUCACAAACCUUCAUCUGAUCAGAAUAUCCACAUCUUACUACGUGGUUCCAGGUUUAUUCAACUGAAGUUCAAUAAGAAUUACUUGGACUUAGAAAAUGCAUGUAACAAAAACGAAAGCUUAUACGCAUACAUGUUGGCAGAGUUCAAAGCGUUGAAUAAAAAAGAUGAUUAUGAUAAAUUUUUGGACAUACAAACUUUGUUAUCCGAUUCGAGAUUUUGUGGAAACGAUUACUAUACGAUCACCGAAGAAAUGGAAAGAUUUCAAAGCCCGGACACGAAAGUUAUAACAUCUACAGGAUCAUUAAAUUUAGAAGUUGGAAAAUCAAACCAAAUCUAUUCAGACAUUGAGAAGUAUGACUACAAUUGUGAAGAGUCAUCAGAAAAACAACAAAAUGGUUCAGGCGUAUUUUUUGAAUGUUUUCACAGUGAACUAAAAAGACACAAACAUGUCUUUGCUCUAUGGAUUGAAAGUAUAAAACAACCUUCUGUCAACAAUGAACUGGAGAAAGAGAUUCAGAAACAUGAAUUUUUGAAUGGUCUGUAUAAUCGUUUUAUUAAUGAACUCAGCUCAGAAUUCGAUUUGACUAAAUACGCUAACGAUGCAGUUAUUUUUCGAGAAUCUAAUAAUCAUAUUCCUGCAAGAAGAUUAUUGUCCAAAAGCUGUACAGAUUUGCAUUGUGACUUGAUAAAAAAUUACCAUGAACUAGAAACAGAGUAUAUAAACCAAAGCAAUAAGUUUAUACAGGUCUUUGCACAAAUUGUGUCGUUUGAUAGAAAAGAAGAAUUUGCAGAAUAUUUGAAAAAAUUAAUGUAUGUUUCAAAUGCCAACUUUCUAAAACAUCAUGCUGUUAGCGAAGAGCAAGAAAUUAUCACAAUUUCGGAGUACUUUACAGAUCCAGAAGAACGCUCACAGAUAAAAAAACGAUUAGAAAAAAUAACGUCACAGUACUCUGGUUAUCAGGGUAUUUUACGCACAGUGUCAAAGCGUUUUGCCAACGAUGGAAGACACGUGUCUUUUCAAGAAUUAUGCUGUGUAGUAAACUCGAUUCUUACCUCUGUUGUCGAAGAUCGAAACGAACAGAACACUUUUUCCUGGAUAAUCGCAGCAUAUCCCCAAAAAAACUGGAUAGAUGAGUUGGUAUUGCUGCAGAUAGAGAAAUUUUUACAACAACCAUCAGUACAUAAAUCCAAAUGGAGAGAGUAUUUGUCGAAGAUAGAAAAUAAGGAAGUUGUCUUAUUAUUCAGAUCGAAACUAAAUCAACAAAAGUCAACCUGUCCAAUUUCCAAUAAGUGUAUUGAAGAUACUCUACACCUACUUAGUAAUAUUUCCGACCAGAUAGUCGGUUUGGAAGAACUCGAAUUAUCAGCGUGGGCUUAUACUCUCAAGGAGAGAUAUUGGACACACAAGUUAUCUCUGUUAACAAAUUGGCAGCAACCUGAAAUGUUAUCGAAAGCUUCUUAUUAUCUCAUGUCUGUGGAAAAUACUUUUGGGAUGAUUUUGAUCGAAAAAUUUCUACAAAUUGUAGAAAAAAAAAAUUUUAAUUCUAAUUUGGUGACUAAUAUUUUAUCAAAAUUCCACAGUGGUGACUGGAAUCUGGACACAGAAGUAUUGGACACCUUAUCUUCUAGUGAUAUUGAUAAAUGGGAAGAGGUAAUGAACCAUAAGUUUAUCGGAGAUGGAAAAGAACGUGAUGUGAAACGAUUGAUCAAAUUAAUUACUGACAAUGCCAAUACUUCACAAAGCAUACGCGAUGAAUUACCCGAAAUUGAAAAUGAUAUCAGUAAUAUUGAUAGACAAACACCUGUAACAAAUGCAAAUCCAAAUUCUACAAGCAAUAUAAUAGAAAACACUAUCACAGAGGACUCGAGAGUACAUGAAAAAAACUUACAAUUGCUUGCUGAAAUAGAUGAUGCAAUAGAAUUAAAAAGAGGAUUCAAACUUCGAGAUACCCAAAAACUAGCCAUACUGGUUUUACUUUCACAUAAACGCAAUACUCUAGCACAGGUAUCGACUGGAGAAGGAAAAUCGCUGAUUGUAGUAGCAGCGUCGAUUAUAUUAACGCGUCGUGGCGAAAAAGUUGAUAUCAUAACUAGCUCGUCAGUAUUAGCAAAACGUGAUGCCGAAAAUAACAAAGACAUCUACGACUUGUUUGAUGUCAGUGCAUCGCAUAACUGUAAUGAGAAUAUUGAAAAGCGAAGAGAAGCAUAUUCAAAUAGCCAAGUAGUAUUUGGUGAUUUAUCUAGUUUUCAGCGUGACUACUUGCAGGAUCGAUUUUACGGACAAAACAUCUUAGGGGAUCGUAACUUUGAAAAUGUAAUUGUGGAUGAAGUGGAUAGCAUGCUACUUGAUAAAGGCAACAAUAUGUUGUACUUGUCCCACGAUCUAGCAGGAUUGGAUAAGCUACAAUCGAUCUACAUUUAUAUUUGGCAAUGGGUCAACAGACCAGCCAAAAGUCAAGAAGAUCUUUCCUUAGCGCUUGACGCCAAGUUGAUUAAAGAAGCAGUGCUAAACGACUUAUAUGGUAUGAUAACGAAAGAAGAUAUAACCAAACUUAGUUCCGAGCUGGAUGAGCAGCAAGUAAAAACGAUGUGGGAAUGUUUGAUAGAAGGAAAUAUAUUAGACGACCACGGUAAAAUAUUAAUAACACAUAUCAAUGAUGAUGAAUUUGAAAUUCCACUUCCAACUGCACUUAAUGCUUAUCAAAGUCGUCUUCGUUACCUUUUAAAAGAAUGUAUUGCAAGAGACAGAUUCAUACAUGUCCCCAAUUAUCUCAAACCUUUUAUUGAACAGCACUUGGAUACUUGGAUUAAUAACGCCAUAAUUGCAGUUGGUAUGCGAGAAUGUCAUGAUUACGUAAUAGAUGUAGAUAGAACUGGAACUAGUUCAGACCUUCAUCCAAAUAUUACGAUUCUUGACAGAGACACUGGAACAGAUCAAGCCAAUUCUCAAUGGGACGAAGCAUUGCAUCAAUUUUUGCAACUUAAGCAUGGGUGUAAGUUGUCUACGCAAAGUUUGAAGGCUAUCUUCAUUUCUAACGUUACAUACUUGAAACGUUAUUGGCAUUUAUAUGGGCUGACAGGUACUUUGGGAUCACAAAGAGAAAGAGAGUUGCUAAAGGAGAUACACAGCGUCGAUUUUGUUACAAUUCCUACAGCCAGACCAAAGCAAUUUUACGAAGAUACACCUCGUCUUUGUCAUACGAAGGAAAAAUGGAUUGAAGAAAUAUUUGUAGAGGCAAAGAAACUCACUGUAGAAAAAGAACGAUCAGUGUUAAUUAUCUGCGAAACGAUAGAUGAUGCGAACACGUUACAUAGAGAAUUUAUAAAAAAGGGUGCAAUAAACGUCCACACAUAUACCAGAGACUAUGAAGAGUUUGAUGUAGCUCAAGGUAAUCGAUAUCUAGACCAGGGACAGAUUAUUAUUGCAACAAACCUUUCUGGUCGUGGAACCGACAUAAAAAUCACAAACCAAUUGAGGAAAGCUGGAGGAUUACAUGUUUGCUUAACUUAUUUACCAAACAAUAGCAGAGUGGAACAGCAAGCAUUUGGCCGCACAUCGCGAAAUGGAGACAAAGGUUCCGGUCAGCUAAUCGUUAUGGUCUCAGAUGGACUAAAACAUGGUAACUCGAAAAUAUUGGAGCUCAAAAAACAACGUGAUGCGGAAGAGUUGUCCCGUAUAUCAGAAAUCAAAACCUACUAUGAAACUCAAAUUACAACAGAGGAACGAUGCCUGAGUGAAUUCCAGAAACAGUACGAAGAUUCCUUGAAGAGAAAUCUCGUUAAGAACGGUGUAUGUACUGAAAUUACAAAAAUCCUAUUACAAAGUUGCUUAGAUCAGUGGGCCUUCUGGCUAGAUCGAAACAAUAAAUGCAUUAAAAAUUCGACUGAUGAAUCUAGUAAAGCAGAUUUCGAAAAAUCGUUGAAUAAUUUUAUUAAUCAAUUGAAGCAUUUGAAAUCUCAGAAUUUCAGAAACUGGUUACUUUGGGUUGACGAACAGCCAAUUCAUAUGAUAAAAUUGGGAAAAUAUUUCAUUAAAAAUAAACAGUAUACCGAGGCUAUUAAAUUGUUCGAAAAAGUAAUUGAUCAAGAACCACACUUUUCCGAAGCUGCUCAUUAUUAUAAAGCGUUUGCAAUGAUUAAAACAAUUGACUGGGAGAAUAACUCUGUAGAUGAACAAAAUUUAGAACAGAUGAAAUCACACUUACGAGAUGCUUCGCGUCUUUUCAAUGAGCACAGUAAUUUCUCUAUGUACACAGCUAGUCUUAUCACAAAUAUGAAACAGUUCAAUUACAAUAGCAUUGUCCAAAUCAACACCUACGUAGAGCAACAAACGAGUCUAAGUCACUUAUACUCUAUUUUUGCACAAUCCAUCGAUGAAGUUUUGGGUCAGCCUGUGACUGCAGAAUCGUUUAUUAAUCAUACAGAUGUCGAUGAAGAGUUAGCAGAAUUUAUACACGAAGAUCUAGUUGCUUAUAAUAUUUUCAAAAUGCCAAGUAUCGAAACUAAAAUUUCCGAAGAAGCACUAAACAGAAUUAGUUUCGACUGUGGAAUAUUUGUUGAUGAGCUCAGAGAAUUUCUUUCUGUAUCCAAAGGUAAAGAAAUUGAUGAGAAACUGUUUUCCGAAUUAAAACACAAGAUCAAAUUACCUAGUAAGGAAUAUUUCUGGAAAUUAUCAGUUGAGGAAAAUAUUUUGUAUCAGGAAACUAAGUGCAUUAUAAUUAAUGUUGAAAAUAUGAAACGAGUUGACCCUUCGUUGUUGAAUUUACUUCGUACUAAAAUUGAUGAAGAAGAGUUUGAACAACAAACCUUGGAAUGUAAUCAUGCAAAUGAAAUCGCCCUCCAUGGGCAACAGGAUAUGGCUCAAAACAAUUUCGAUUUGCAAAUGAACGAUUGUAUUGUACUUAAAAAAAGUGAUUUCAAAGAGGCGAUAGCUAAUAAUGAUGAGAAAUAUCGAGCUUUAAAAAAAAGGGGGGUUAUAUUGUGCAAUAAAAAAGCAUGUGUGAACAUCUGGAAAAUUGCAUCCACAAAUCUUCCUUUCUAUGAUUCUGUAACGCUCGAAAAUUUUAUUUCGGUAAAUAUUCCUAAAAAUGAUGCUGAUAAAAUUUUAGCAGAUCUUGUCGAGCAAAGGGUUCUUGCAAAAGACAAAUCAACAAGCCAUGUCUAUCGGCUGAUGAUUCUGUACUAUGAAAUUGACCAAAUCCGACUUCCGUCUUAUCCAAUUUAUCAAAAUGCCGUCAGAGCAUUAUUGCUACGGUGCUUCAUCUAUAGAAUCGCUCUUCAAAAAAUCGAAAAUCAAUCCACAGACCCAUACGUCCCUAUAUGCCUGAACUUACCGAGUCGUCCACACAAUAAACUAAUCUUUGAAUUAACAGAUCAUAGAAUUAUUAGCUUUGAUAGGGUUAACAAGAAAACAGUGGAUUUUGAAAAAAAUUUGAAAGGCAUUUAUAAUGAAAUGUUGACCAUACAAGAAUUAAGAGCUAUGCUUUUUCGAAACAAAAUUAUUCCAACAAUAAGGAAUAUUAAACCACUUUGUGACCAUCUAGUUACACAUGGUUGGCUUUCUCUACAUGAAUCCAAGUAUUCUAUCAAUGAAUCUAACAAAAGACAAGCACUUACGCAAUUCAAAAAUAUUGAAGAAACAAUGAGGCAGGUUUUAGACAGACGAUUACAACUCAGUAAACAAGAAACGCUUAAACACGUUAUCAAAACUUUACAAGAAUCAGGUGGUAUUUUAGAAUCCUUAUAUGCUCCUGACAGUCGUCUAACACCUCUGACAGAAUCUGUGGCUUUUAAUAAACUUGUGAAGAUAGAGGAAGUCCGUAUAUUCAAUUUGAAUGGCUUAGAUGAAAUUUUACGAUUAGAAGAAAAGAAAUGGACAAGAAAAAUGAUUUUCAAUACAGCAACGGUGAUAGUAGGAGGAGUGUGUCAAAUAGGUUUGGGUACUGUGAUAGAAUACUUUUCAAUGGGAGUUAUGAAUAACUUUGGCACUGCAUUUUUUACCGAAGGUAUAAGCGAUAUCUGGUAUGGAAUUAAUGCUUUUAAAUCAGGAUAUAUUAGUUGGAAAGAUUAUAAACAAAAUAAGAUUCAGAAUAUGAUAAUGACAACUCUGACAUGUGGUGUAGGAGCAUAUAUUUCGCGAGGCACUAAAGUUUCCAGUUUUGGUCAUAAAAUAACUGGACCUAGCUUAGAACUUAGUGGGAAACUAACUAAAAGUUCCGGUUAUGAAUUGAUGAAAACUGUUGGGACGGUAGGCAUCGUGAAGGAGGUAGGAAAACGUAUUACAUCCAAAACUGUAAAUACAAUAGCAUCUGGAUUAGCCAAUGUAGGCGUUGAUGUGUUCGUUAAAAGAAAACUACAAGUUUUGUGCAAUGGUAUAAGAUCUGCAAUUCUAUCAGAUAUCGAAAAACAGGUAGGAAAUCAUUUUGUUAUGGCAAAAUUAGAAGCUAUGUAUAGAAAACUGGGAAAAAUUGAAGCCAAGAAAAUGGUUAACGAUCUGACUGAGAGUUUCUUUUCUAAACGAAGUAUAAUGGAAAUAAUUCUUCCUAUUGCGUUGCCAAUAGUUAAUGCUAUAACUCGAAAAAUAACCAAUGCUAUUAAACAGUUUUUACGCUCAGGAAAAUGUCUACAAAAUUUUCUUAUUCAAACUAUCACCAAAAUUCUGGCGCUAAUUCCCGGAGUAAAAUAUCUCGUACAAGCUGACAAAGUAAGAAAAUUAACGAAUAAUUUUUUGGAUACCGUAGAUAAAAAACUGACGGAUCUAUUAGACAAUAAUGAAUCUAAUGUAAAUUCUAAUCGGGAGAUACUUGAAGAAGCACAGACAAGAGAUGACUGUGAGAGUUUUAAAAACGAAGUAAUCGCGCAGUGGAAAUUGUUGCUUCAUGAUGAAGCAGGACAUUUAAUUGAACAAGAAAUUGUAAGCCCUAUUCUUAACGAAGGUGUCGUCCGAUUGGUUAGAUGUUGCGAAAAUGUAAUGAAAAAACAAUAUAAAGGUAUCACACAAAGAAAAUAUAAUAAACACAUUGAACAGCUGAAGCAAACUUUCCAAAAGAAUCAUCAAAGUACUGAAAUCCGUAAGCCUAGUGACCAGAUUACAUUCAGACGCUACAUACAGAAUGAGUAUCAUAAGAACCUACUCAAAUUGACUGCUAAAACUAAAAAAAAUGCUCCAAUGGACUUGGCUUGUAUCGAUGUAUGUCAUCAAGCAGUAAGUAAAAUAUUAGAAAAGCAAGGUAUUGCAGGAUUUAAUCUUAAUGUUAAAGUAAAAGGUAUUACAAGAUACAAAUUCUCUUCUGUUAAGAAAACAAGAGUACCGGGAAAAAUCAAAGGUAAAAUAGUUGAACUUGACCUGAAGGAUAAUCAGUUUCGACUUCAUAGAAGUGGUACAUCGACGAAAACUGCAGAUAGCAAAGCUAAAAAUAAUUGUUUGUAUGAGGCCUUAUUAGGACAAAUAAAUUUGAGCAUGGAUGCUAAAGUAUUCAGAGCUGAGGUUGCUAACUGCAUUGAACAAAAUCCCAACAUACGAUAUCGAAGUAAACAGGAUUGGUCUGUGUCGUAAACAAUUUAUAUAUACCAGUAUUAUAUCGUUAUGAAUUUAAUUGUUACAUACAAUUGAAAUACAUAA